AUGUCUUUUAGCAUACGUGUUAUGCCUUAUCAUCUUCCGGUUUUACUAAAUCCAUUGGUCAAUGCAGUCUUCAAUUGCCCAGAUCCUCACAACUCGAGUUUAAAGAAGCUUUUUCUCAAACUUGCUAGUGAAGACUUCAUUUUGGUAGUUCCGAGCAACGAUAAGUUGCUUAACUACGAAGAUCUAGAAUCUGGAUCUUUUCUACGUGAGCUAUGUUAUACAUUUGACUUUGUUGCUUCACAUAUCCUGCUUGUGGAUCAACCAUCAAAGAGUGAGAAUGUUGUAGCGUCUCAACAGAUAGAGUUUCGUACACUGAACGGUAAAAAAAUCAUCGCGAGACCACAGAAUCGUAUGCUACUUACUGCUGAUGGUUUUAAUGAUAUGAGACGACACAGAAUUUUAAAUAUAGAAAUUUUAACAAACUUUAACGAUUAUCUGAUUGGAUCCGAUAGAAUUCCACUUAUUCAUGUUGAGGAACCUUUAUGUGGAAGCAUUGUACGGCAAGAAAAUUUGACAAACGUUGGUGAUUUCAAGAGCACUAAAGAACAAGCUUCAUUGUCUGAACAAAGAGCUUUAAGAAGUCGCCAAACAUUCGACAAUAUAAUAAGAGUUCAUCCCAACUGGAAACAUAAAUUCAAUCUACUUUUCCAAAAAUACAGAAGUGAAACUCCUAGUAUUGACUCAAGUGAGGCCCUAUUUCAUGAGAUAAUCAAUGAGUCCUUUGAGCUCAUGCGCAAAGAUGCUUUAUUUACACCAUUUCCUAAUUUGCGUGACCUUCUUUACCGCUAUGUGGAAGUUAAUCUCUAUGAUGACGUAUGGGUACGACUGACGAAUCAUUUUAGAGCCUCAGAGCUUGAUAUUGCGGGCUUACAACAUUUGUCAUUGGAUCGUCUUGAAAGCGACUUAUACCUCGAAAAGUUUGAAAAGUUCCAGUUAAAGAACGUAGUCGCUAUGGAAAAAAAUAUAUUGCUUGCUAUAAACUCCUUUAGUCGUCUUAGUGUAUCUCACACUUACGCAGAAAAAUCUGUUGUACUAAUUGAGACGCUGCAAAGUCUUUCUAGAUCUAAUUCUAGGAUGGAAAAUGAUGUUGAUUCUCCAGUAGCGAUGGAUGCUGAUUCUUUGCUAAGCUUUUUUGUGUUGGUCGUUUGUCGAACACAAGUGAAGAAUCUGAAAAGCCAUCUCUACUACUUGCAGAAGUUCGCACCAGAUGAUACCGCUGGGAAAUUUGGUCUUCUCGGAUAUGCUCUGUCGACUCUGGAAGCUGUAGUGUGUCACUUUGAAGACCUAAGAGGAACUAGCCGAUUGGAGAGCCUCAAAAAUUCUUGUGUGACAACUCAAAAGCUGAUACAAACUGUGACGGAUGGCGAUAAGAGGAAUUUUACAGAUAUGAAGAAAUAUGAGGGAUGUUUGAGAUACAGAUCACUUGAAGGGGAAUCACUGAUUUCUCUAUGCAUAAUUCAUGGAAAAAAUGAAGAUCUGGUGGAGCUUCUGAGAAAUGAGAAGGCUUUCCCACUCGAGGAUAUUCUGGAAGAUGAGAAUCUUGAUGGGUGUACGCUUCUGGUGCAAGCACUUACACAUGGUAAUCUUUUCGCAGCGUAUACUAUUAUUGAUAUUAUUCUUAAUUCGUGUACGUUGCAGGAAAUAGUAAAGUACAUCAAUAAACCUGAUUCUCAUAAUAGGACUGUUGCGCAUUACCUGACGCAUGAGAUGAACAUCUUAAGAAGUAUAGGGAGCUACAUUGAUUGGAGAUACAAGGAUUCUAAUGGACAGACACCUCUUUUUACAAUUUUCAGAAGUUAUGAUCAGGCAAACUAUCAAGAGAUGGUGAUUGCGUCUUACCAAUGUACAAGGAAAUGGUAUGAGAUGAAGGAUAUGAAAUUCCAUUUUAAUCAUCAUGAGGACAACAAAGGGAAUACCCUGUUGCAUAUAUUGAAGAGAAGCGCCAGGUUCCUGCUAGAGAGUAGGUCCAUUGAUGUUAAUGCCGCAAACAAGAAGGGUCUAACACCUCUGAUGGUUUUUGCUAAGUACAAUAGAUUAGAGAAUGUCAAAGCCAUUCUUGCUGAUGGAAGAGUACUGGUAUGGAAAGCUCAACUUCCCGGUUAUUUAACAUGCUUCGACUACGCUAAAAACCCGAUAGUCCUGCAUGAGCUGGCAAAAAGAUCUGCAGUCAAUUCUUCACUUGGUCUCGCCCUGGUUCACUCUUUGAAACAGGAGAGUGCUAAAUGGAUGCUCCAUGUCACUGUCAGGUUAGAACAAAAUAGCAAUUACGAAACUGUAAGGCUUCCAAUAAGAGUAAUACAGAGUGUGUUCCGCAUACUAUCUAAAAAAUUUCAAAUGAGUUUCGUGCCUCUGGAAGAAACAUUUGAAAAGCUACUGAAACUGGGUAAAAUGAGACUUUCUCCUGUGGGAAAACUUGAAUCGCUGCAUAUCAACAGCAUGUUAACGGAAUGUAUGAAUGCUUUAAUUCAUAUCGGAGAGUUGAAACAAAAUAUUAUGCUAGAUGAAUCGAAUCUAACAGUAUGGAUUAGACAACAAAGCAAAAAACAGUCCAGUAUUUCCGGAUAUGAGAAUAGCAAUAAAAACAUGGAGCCUGAAGAAAUGAAUAUUCUACAAAGUUUCUUGCGUUUCAAUGAAGCCGAAUUAUUAUCUGUCAGAUCAAAGCUUCAAGUUUUGAAGAAGUUGGCAAUUUUUACUCAUUUAAAGUCACAGGACGUGUCCGAAGCGUAUCUUUUGUUUGCAAAAUACUCGAGAGAAUAUCUCGGAGAAUUUGUGGCGCGAGGGCUCUGUUUUUCUCAUGAGUAUUGGGGUGUUGGUGAUAGCUCAAUGCUAAUCUUGAUACAGGCAAUAGAUUUUCUUUAUUGCUGCACCGAUAAACUAUGCAGACAUAUUUAUCAGGUGUUGCAGGUCUCAAUACCAAAAUGGUGGAAGCUGUACUCUGAACUGCUAGAAUUGCAUAAGCAGUAUUCCCAAAAUUUCCCGCACCUUGUGAAACCUGACCUGCCUUCCAAUGAAGAUGGUAUACUAAAUAAGUUACUUGAGGGUAAAAGGGCAAAUUUCGAGAAGCGGCUCUCGGAAAAUAUCAUUGGUUGCAGGAGAAUUCUGCACGAGUUGGGUAAUGGCAUCAGAUAUGCACAUGAGCAACUAGCAGAAGAAUUAAGCAAGUACAUGGAUUUUCGUGGUAAGUUUCUGGUCGAGGGAAUUAUCAAAAAAUGGGUCGCGGAGCAUAUAAAAGUUUUGAAGGAGCAUGUUAUUCAAAUGGAGAGAGUCUAA